CAACACUACUAUAUAACAAAUAAUUUGAGGUAGCCCAUGUAAAACCCAUGUCUUCUGUUAUGAGACACUCAGCUGACCAUCAUGACAUAUUUUAGCACUGACAUUGGCGCCCAGAUUCACGACAUCAAUGAUGACUACUACCUUUACCAAGACAAGAGUCUCCACUCGGCACUGGUGAUAGAGAAACGAGAAGAACUAUCCACAAUGGUGGAGACCGAGACCCUGGAGAGCGAGUGGGAGCGCACAUUCCACACUACCCACUACGUGCUCAAGAUGAAGGAGCGCGCUCUCAAGGGUCUCCUCAGAGAUUCUAGCUUUAGGAGCGUUGCUUGGCAGGUUUUCCUGGAGGUGUUACCAGGUGACUUAAGACAGUGGGUGCCAGUUACACAUCAGAACAGACAACGGUACUCCGAGUUAAAGUCUCACUACGUGGUUGACCCUCACCAGACAGAGGACAUGUCCCUGACUGUCAACAAUCCCCUCUCUCAGGAAGAGAAGAGUCCGUGGGCCCAGUUCUUCCAAGAUAACGAGCUGAGGAAAGUCAUAAUGCAGGACAUAAAGAGGACCUAUCCAGGGGAACUGAUGUUCGAACAGAUAGAAAUACGAGAUAUCAUGCUCAAUAUCUUGUUUAUUUACGCUAGAGAGCAGCCAGACAUAAGCUACAAACAGGGUAUGCACGAGCUGUUGGCGCCCAUAGUUUACGUGUUUUACAACGAGUAUGUGUUGGUUCAAGACGUUACUAACCCCUCCAGUCAGUUGAUCAGAACGGUAUUGUCGAGGGAACAUUUGGAGCACGAUGUGUACUGGUGCUAUGUGGCUCUCAUGAGACACACACAGUCCUAUUACACCACUGACAGAAUCGCAAUGCCGGAACCAGUCAACAAAGAACAGACCCAAUUGUUUAAAGAAGCAGCACCUCUACCAUCUUCAUAUAUAGUUCAGAGUCUAGAGGAGCUACAAAAUGGUACUCUACGGAGGUUUGAUCCUGAGUUGCAGCAACAUCUUCAGAAACUUGCUAUUCAACCUCAGUUGUAUGGCUUAAGAUGGAUGCGGUUGCUAUUUGGUCGGGAGUUUCCCCUGAAAGAAAUGCUAGCAAUAUGGGACGCCCUACUCGCCUCACCAGACUUUGCGGGGAUGGUAGAGUACAUCUGUAUAGCAAUGUUGCUGUAUAUCAGGGACGCCCUGCUCUGUAACGACCACACGGGGUGUUUGACCCUGUUGAUGAGGUAUCCUGAGACUCACGAUGUACAGCUGUUCAUUCAGCGUGCUCUCUUUCUCCGCAAUCCUUCUAACUACGAAUGCCCACCUAACCUACAAUACCGUCCGAAUUCCAAAACGAGACUUGGCAAUGGUCCAGACAGACAGCACGUGACCCAAGUUAAAAGUGGAACUGCAGGUAGACAGGAACCAGCGCGACAACACAGGAGCGAGUCAGUUACUUUUACUUCGCCGAAAAGCCCCGUGGCCGUAAUAUCAGAUACAAUAAAACGCAAAAUGUCCACGCCGAAAGUCCAUACCUCCGUUUCCGUUUCUUCACUUAAUCGGCCAGUAGAAGUAUCAUCAGAAGUGCCUGAGCUGACAGAAUGUAAGAGGGUUCAGGCAUAUUGUUCCGAUAGAUUAGACUCCCUCUUGGAUGAUCUACAGGGUACCAUUUGCGAUAUGUGCGAAGAAGAAACAGAUCACGAAGAUAAGCUCAUGGUGUCACUUGCGGGACUCAAACAGGUUCGAGAUAUUUUAAAAGGGAAUGUCAGUUUGGGGUGUAUUUUAGGCUCGCCAGCCGCCGACAGUCCGUCGAUACAAUCUUCUGAAAAUGGCGACACUGACUUAUCCGAUAUCCAAAUAGCAACAGAGGAAGCUAGGGAGAGAGUGGAUUCCAGUUCCCAAGAAACAGCGUCAGUAACCAGCUCAGUCGCAGCACCUCCUCUCCCUCCGGCUGACCUCGAAACUCUGGAUCUUUUCAACGAUUUCUCCCUCACAUCGAACACUUUGAAGAAGACACACAUUCAUCCGAAGAAGACUGCUUCGGAACCAAGCUCGAAAAGUCAAAGUUUCUUCGAUCCUUUGUCAUCAGCUCUCACGAAUGAUGAUAAUUCGGAAGAACUGCCAGACUUUUUAAGGAAACCGUGAUUUUUGUGGGAGAUUUUUUAGGGGGUUAUUUGAGGCAACUAAUAUUACAGCAUUUUCACUGGUGAAAAUAUAUGGUUAUGCAAGGGUUAUGUUACAGCAUAGCAAGUUCAUACUUGAUUUUGUUGUUUGCUUUGAAAGGUGUAAGUUACUAAAAAAUAUCAAAGAAUCGCAUCGGUGAUGAAAUUUAAGCUGAUUUUCGUGUACUUUCCUUUUUAUCUACUUUAACUAAAGGAUAUCUGACGUUAUGUUUGCUUGACGUAAGUUCUCUGACUAUAUUUUCUGUUUUUAUGUUGUGAUUUGUUUCGUAUAUUGAAAGGUUUAUAAUAUGAUAGUGAAAGUGGUUUAUGAUGAUUGAAAGAUUUCAAUGAAAGAUUUUUACCAUUAAAUUGCUAAAACAUUUAAUGUCAGAAUCGACUUAUAAAUACAAUGACGUUUUCUUCGUUCAGUCCAGGUCGAUUUAAAAAAGUUAAACUCAAAUAUCUUGACCUCCAAAGAAUAGGUUGUAAUGAAAAUUUUUUUGCGACUCUUCAUAAAAUGCACUGAAUAUCUGCAGAAGUGAGUUUUUACUUCAUUAUUUGUGAUAAUAAAUCCUCAAUACUUCUUUAUCUUAUACAAGAUCCUUUGAAUAAAAACAAGCGAAAGUCGAAAGAUCUAAUUAAUCUAAUUGGACAAUUCCCGUUAUAGUUAGUAUGGGUUUCGGAAUAUACAGUCUUAUUGAAGCUGGAGUACUCCUGAUCAACGCACUCGCUAUCCUUAACGAAGAAAGAUUUCUUAGUAAAA